AGCUCUUGGCUGCCUGCGGCUCCCUCGCUCUCCCUCUCUCUCCGGUAGGCUCCACCGAGCGAUGCGAGCUCUGGGAGACAGCGACACCGCCUCCCGCUAGAGACCUGCCCCCCGGCCCGGCCCCCUGCCCAGCCCUGCCCUGCGCGCGGGGGUCGGCGAAGGAGCCGCGGACGCACCGACGGCUGAGGACCCGCGAUGCACAUGCACUAGCAGCACCCCCUCUCUCACUCCCUCCACACCCCGCGCCGCCGCCUCCUCCUCCUCCUCUGGCAGCAGCGGCAGAAGGACCCACCCUGCCCCCCACCCCACCCUCCGCCGGCUCCGGUUGCGGCUCCUGCCUCAACUAUUAUUUUAUUUAUUUUGGGUCGUGCACAAGCCUCAGUGCCUGCAGCCCGCGACUCCACGGACCGCGGGCGCCUCUUUCCUCGGCCCCGGAGCCCCAGACCCCGGCCACCUUCGCGUCGACACCCCUAGAACCCGCCAGCUGUCGCGAGUCUCCGCUGCUGGAAUCUUAGCGGCGGUCUUUUUGGGGGGUUCUGGUUUCCCGACAUUUUUGUUUUCGGCCAAGGGAAGGAUAUCGUGGUUUUUUCCCCUUUGAGCCCAGGCUCUGCUCUCUGGGGGGGGUGGGGGGCGCGCCGAGCCGGGGAGCAGUGCCAGCCGAGUCGUGCGGGCUGUGGCAGGGAAGGGGCCACCAUGGGAUGUACUCUGAGCGCAGAGGAGAGAGCCGCCCUCGAGCGGAGCAAGGCGAUUGAGAAAAACCUCAAAGAGGAUGGCAUCAGCGCCGCCAAAGACGUGAAAUUACUCCUGCUAGGGGCUGGAGAAUCAGGAAAAAGCACCAUUGUGAAGCAGAUGAAGAUCAUCCACGAAGAUGGCUUCUCCGGAGAAGACGUGAAACAGUACAAGCCUGUUGUCUACAGCAACACCAUCCAGUCCCUGGCAGCCAUCGUCCGGGCCAUGGAUACUUUGGGCAUCGAAUAUGGUGACAAGGAGAGAAAGGCUGACGCCAAGAUGGUGUGUGACGUGGUGAGUCGGAUGGAAGACACCGAGCCCUUCUCUGCAGAACUGCUCUCGGCCAUGAUGCGGCUCUGGGGGGACUCAGGAAUCCAGGAAUGCUUCAACAGGUCUCGAGAGUAUCAGCUCAACGAUUCCGCCAAAUACUACCUGGACAGCCUGGAUCGGAUCGGGGCCGCCGACUACCAGCCCACGGAGCAGGAUAUCCUCCGAACCAGGGUCAAAACCACUGGCAUCGUGGAAACCCACUUCACAUUCAAGAACCUCCACUUCAGGCUGUUCGACGUCGGGGGCCAGCGAUCUGAACGCAAGAAGUGGAUCCACUGCUUCGAGGACGUCACAGCCAUUAUCUUCUGUGUCGCGCUCAGCGGCUAUGACCAGGUGCUCCAUGAAGACGAGACCACGAACCGCAUGCAUGAGUCCCUGAAGCUUUUCGACAGCAUCUGUAACAACAAAUGGUUCACAGACACGUCCAUCAUCUUGUUUCUUAACAAGAAGGACAUAUUUGAAGAGAAGAUCAAGAAGUCCCCGCUAACCAUCUGCUUCCCUGAAUACACAGGCCCCAGUGCCUUCACAGAGGCCGUGGCUUACAUCCAGGCCCAGUACGAGAGCAAGAACAAGUCAGCCCACAAGGAGAUCUACACCCACGUCACCUGUGCCACUGACACCAACAACAUCCAGUUUGUCUUUGACGCCGUGACGGACGUCAUCAUCGCCAAAAACCUGCGGGGCUGUGGCCUCUACUGAGCCCCAGCCUUGCCGACCAGCUGCCUGCCUCCCUGCCUGGACUGCCGCCCCGCCCCGCCCCUGGGACCAGAGCUCUCAGACCACUCUCUGCACUUGACCAAGAAGCGCCAGCCACUGGCACCGAGGAGGAAGGAGGAAACCCCUCCGCCAGCCGCCCCUCCCCCAGACACCAGAAGGCGCGGUAACCCAGGGGGUGGGCGGGGAGCCGAGUGCUCCAGCCUCUGGCCUCCGCUUCAUCUCUGAGUGUUGUUUCCUGGGGACAGGGGAGUGGGGGCCGAGGCCACCAUUUGGCCCAGAGUGGGUCUGCACUACACUGGGUGACUCAUACUCAAAGUUGCAAUGUCUCCUCCCAUGUGGGGGCGGCGCUGGGGGCAGGGUGCUGGCUGGGGCUGGGGAGGUGGGGGCAGCCGAGGGGCCACAGGGGCCAUUGCUAGCUGCUCCGGGGGUCUUUCUGGGCGAGUGCAGCUCCGUCACCCAAAGCCAGGGUGGGGCCAGCCCCACCACGUGUGGGUUCUAGGGCUCAGGCUGAGGCCAGUGCCUCCCUCCUCUUUUGGCCUGGAUCUCAGCCUGAGGCACAGGCCCCUCCUUUUCUGGACCAUCGUGGCACACCUUGGAGGUCCCCACUGCCUCCUGGGGACCCCCCGUCCCUGGCUCCUCGGAGGUCUGGAAAUGCUUCUGAGACUUAUUGCAAAGGCAUGUCCCUGAUGGUCGGAGGGGUCUAGUCAAGAAGGAGGUGGGAGGUGGCAGGGGAGGGGAGGCUGAGGGGAAGUUGCUCUGGUGUCGACCCGGAUGGGCGCCUCACCCUCAGUGCUUGCAGGCUCAAGGAUGACCCCUUCACUUUCUCCCCGCACCUGGGUCUCAGGCAGCUGCUCCAGAAUGUGAGUAGGCGUGCUUUUUCUUCUCAAGUUCACAGUGAAUCCGGCUCAAACCAACAGGGCCAGGAAGGGCCCCUCAGGCACCGUGUUCUGAGGUCGAGGAGGCCCAGGGGAGGUGUUGAUGUGGUCCCUGCAGCCAGCACGCCAGCAUCCUUCUGUCUCGGUGAAGAAAACAGAGUUUGUGCAAAGCUGUUGGGGUCCCGCCAGCCCUCAAGGGCAGAGGAAGAAAGACGGAUGGGAGCACCAUCCUCAGGGGCCCAGGCUGGCUCAGACACAUACCCACCACCCCCCUUCUCUGAAGAGAAAGUCCUCGAAUGCCCUGGAGGAGCUUUGCUGCAGAGAUACCAGAGCAGAAAGGGGUGGGGUGCCUUGUUUUGGUAACCCAGGCCCUGGCUGGCCUCGGGCAAUCAGCAUACGUCUCCCUUACACCCAGGAGCCUCCGGUGGGCUAAGGCCACCAGCCAACACUGCAGGCCGGCCCCGUGUGCUUGUAUGGCCGUCGGUCCAAGGGGUCGGAUGUGUCCAUGGUAGGGGAGAGGGCAGCCCCCAGAGGCCUCUGACUCCUUCCUAAGCCCUCUGUGCUCCCUGCCUCCACUCUGGGCUCUCUUCCUGAACUCCCACCAUAGCCCCUGGGCUGCCCCAGGGCCCAGAAGAGCCUCUUGCCAACAGCUCUGGGCUUCGUGGUCCCAGCAGGCACAGAGCUCUGGGUGGUGCACGGGAAACCCAGGGCAUCCUCCCCAUACUCCUUGUCCAGCGCACUUACUGCCGCCCCGUCCCUGUGGGAAGUCGGCAGGCGCCAGGAUGCAGGGACCAACCCCCACCAGCCCAGGCCUACUCGGUUUUGCUUGCCUUAUUGUGCUGGACCUUGCACCAGGUGCUGGGUCGUGGCAGAGGACAGGUCUCUAGAACCAACGGUCUUCGUGUCCUACCCUGAGCAGCCAAGGCCAACGAGGCAAUUUUGUCCAACAGUGAAGACAUAGCAGUUAUUUCCCAGCGUCACUCUACCCUGGAAGUGAUCUGCUGUGCCUCUAACUCUGCCCCGUGACCCCAGACUCAAAAUCAGCCGCCAAGAGGAGGGAUGCUUGGCCAGCCCCACCUCUAAGGCCAUCGCCCUGGAGGUGAAGUCACUGGCCCUCGGGGCCCAUGGCUCUCCUAGGCCAGCCGCCCGCCCGACUGCCCUCCCCUGCGGCACCAGGGGCCUGGAGGGGCAGGUUGCCUAGGGCCUUCCUGUCCUUCCUUGCCCUGGGCUGCCCUGCUGCCGCCUGCAGUGCUCUCACUGUCACACCCCAGCCUGCGUGGGGUCCUUGGCUGUCUAACGGAAGUCCACGAGGAGAGGGCACCCAGGACAAAGUUCCCUCCUUGUCCACUGCGCGUCUCCCGUCCACGCCGUUACUGGUGGCUCCAGCAUGUCCGGGAGGGAUGACUGAGGGUGACAGAUGAUUUUUGGCUCCGUCGUAGGUGUGGAUGUAAGGCGACGAUGUGAGUGAGAGACCAGACAUGGUGUGGAGUGGGGGGAGGAGGUAGUGUCUCUCAUCCACGGUGGCUUCGUGCGUGUCCCCUAGAAGGACCAUGCCUUAAACUCUGCGACUAGUUCUAGUUCAGCAGGCUAAGAGGAAACUGGAUUUCUAGGAGGGGCGCCUUUGCCAAACCCUUGAAAAUCGUGCCUGCCAUUUAGAUGCCUGUGGGCAAGUUCUGUGCCCUGUACCAACUGCCCUCCCAAAAGCCCAGUCUGGGCCUUCCUGCUGAGAAAACUGAGGUUCCCCGGGGCUCAGCCUGACUGGAGGGAGCCGUGCCUGAGGCCCAGGUUGGGGCUCAGUUGAGCCUGUGGCCUCCGGCUUGAGGAGGGUGUGGGCUCCGCCCCCUGCCUGAGCAGAAAGCACAGCUCUGCAUCUCUCGCCAUCAGCUGUGACACUCUGGGUUCCAUGGCCAUCUUCCGUGGCUUUAGAUGCCAGCUGCCCUGGCCCUUCCUCUCCCCUCCGGCCCCAGCACAGCCUGAGGGCUCACAGCCGAGUGUGCCAACUGCCCAGGCGUGGUGGCAGAGCCCAGCCCAGUUCCACACCCCACUGUGGAAUCCAGGACACUCAUGCCGUCCGCCACUGCACUGGGCAUUGGUGAGUCUCCCCCAGGGUGGACAGCAGCGGCGGGACCUCCCCACGCAGACCCCCAGCAGAGCAUCCCAGGAGCCCUCCAGCCAGGCCUUCCCUCCCGUCACCGUGAGCCCCCACUGAGAGCAAGGGCGUUUACAGGCAUCCCCGAGAGGGUGAUUCUGCAAGUGUUUCCUGACCCCCGCCUCCCUUCUUGAUCCCCACUCUCUCCACCUGGACUCACUCACUCCUGCUCAUCUCCUGCCUCCUCCCCACCCACCCCUACUAGGCAAGGGGAGCCUGGGUACUGCUGUCCCUCUGAGUACAGCGGUGCCCCCUUCCAUCUCUGCCUCCGCCACCCACACCCAUAUUAACUGUAAUUUUGUAAGAAGAGUGACUUGUUGGUUUAAUAAAUCUCUAGUUAUUGUAAUAAUUUAUUGGCUACCGUAAUGUAUUUAUUAGUCACCUGCCAUUAAUAAAAAGUGCCAGCUUUUUCUAGUGCCAA